GGGCCAGAGGCAGAGAGUGGGGGGAGAGGUCCAGACAUGAGAUGAGAGGCCACUGAUUCCUGUCUCUGUUUAUCUUUAAUUUGGUGGUUUCAGCACACAGCUACCUCUCCCACACAGCAGCUGAACUCCACUUGUGGAUGCAGAUGUUAUUCUUUCACUGGCUCUUGCUUCUGGAAAAACUUUUGGAAGAACUCGAGAGGCAAAGAAGAGUGGAAUCUAUAUAAUUUGAAAGAAGAGGAAGUUUCAAGGGUUACGCUCUACUGUUUUUUUGUUGUUGUUUUUUUGGUUUGUUUUUCUUACUGAUUCGGAUUGUGGGUCUCUCUUCAGCAUGGCAAGCAGAGGGAAGCUCCUGAUAGUGGUGCUCCAUCUCUCCGUGAUGACGGUCCUGUCACACACAACCUGCCCUAAAGGAUUUCAUUUGCAGAAGCAACAAUGUGUCGAUUAUGAUGAAUGUGAAUUUGAUGAAGACUACGAGGCUAAUCCAUGUGGUGAGAAUGCAGAGUGCAUCAACACAGAGGGCAGUUUUUAUUGCCAUUGUGCCGAUGGUGCGGUUCUUUCAGCUGGAACAUGUAAAGACGUCAAUGAAUGUGUGGAAAAUGGAGACAUCUGUGGACCUAAUGCCAAGUGUUACAACACCAUCCCAUACUAUUCCUGCAUUUGUGAUGAUGGAUUCAUCACCAAUACUGGAGCUGAGACUUUUCGCCAGGGUGACAAUGUUACAUGUAGAGAUAUAGACGAAUGUCAGACAUCUAACCUUUGCGGGCAGAAUGCGGCAUGUGUCAACACCCUGGGCAGUUUCUACUGUGCCUGCAAUCCUGGUUUUAGACUGAGAUCUGGCAACACAAAUUUCUCAGAGAAUGGGGAGCAAUGCGAAGACAUAUGUAUAAUUGAUAUGACAAUCUGUGGAAAUGGAACCUGUCACCAUGAAGCCAGUGGCCAUUACUGUGCAUGCCAUGCAGGGUUCACCAACUACGGCAACAAGGAGGCACGCUGUACUGAACUGAGCUGUAAUGCAUUCAAGAAUGACAAGAGUCCGGAUGAGAAACUUCCAGGUACAGAGGAUGUUAUGAGGUUGAUGGAGUCUCGCUGUUUGGAGCUAACCGAAAGUGAAUCUCCAGCAGAGUUAGACGGCGAGGCCCUGCUAGAGAGGCUGCUGUCUAUGAUAGACGAGCUCUUGUCCAGUGGAGCCCUCACUGAUAACAGGAAAGUCUCCACCUUUCUGGACCUGGUGGAGACAGCUAUGAGGAUGAUAGGGCCCUUGAUCAAGCUCCCCAAGAUCAAGAAAUCCAGCGUUCACUCAGAGCUGGAGCUGCAGAUACGCAGGGGAGCUGUGUUACCCAAAGGACCCGUGACUUUGGCAUCUCGGCAUGCCCAGUUGAACAUUUCAUUGGAAACAGCUGCCGGAGAGGCCUCCUUUUACCCAGGCUUUGCCACAGUGUCCUUGCUGAGCUAUAAGAACCUGGAAGGCUCCACGGAUGGCUUCUUUAGCGGGAUGGAAAAAAACAAAAGCUUCGAGAUCAACUCCAAAGUGGUCACUGCCGUUGUUAGUAACAGAGACACAAGUCACCUCAACGAGCCAGUCAUACUGACUUUGUACCACCUGAAACAGAGCAAUGAACAUAACCACACCUGUGUGUACUGGGAUUCCACCGAGGGUGGUGGGACAUGGUCUGCUCGUGGCUGCAGUGUCAUGGAGUCCAAUGCUGACUACACUGUAUGCUCCUGCAACCAUCUGAGCAGCUUUGCAGUGCUCAUGGCCCUCCAUGAGAUUGAGGACAGGUUCGACUUGCAGCUGAUCACUUGGGUGGGCCUGUCCCUAUCACUGCUGUGCCUUUUCAUCUGCAUCCUCACAUUCUCCCUGGUCCGCUCCAUCCAGAGUCCUCGAACCACCAUUCACCUGCACCUCUGCAUCAGCCUCUUCAUCGCCAACCUUGUCUUCCUUGCAGGCAUCUCCCGCACAGAGAACCGACUUGGCUGUGCAGUGGUGGCAGGUCUGUUGCAUUAUUUCUACCUGGCAGCGUUCUGCUGGAUGUGUCUGGAGGGCGUGCAGCUCUUCAGGAUGGUUGUCCUUGUCUUUAACACCAAUUUCAAAACCAUCCCCAUGCUGGCAGUGGGCUACGGAGUCCCAGCUGUAAUUGUGGCUGUAUCUGCCAUAGUCAAUGCCAAGGGAUAUGGCACCAAGAGACACUGUUGGUUAAACUUGGAGGAUGCAUUCAUCUGGAGUUUCUUCGGCCCUGUCUGUGUCAUCAUCAUCAUAAACAUUUUCUUCUUCCUCAUAACUGUUUGGAAGCUGGCACAGAAAUUCUCAAGUUUAAACCCUGACCUGACCAACCUACGCAAAAUUAAGGCAUUUACCAUCACUGCCGUGGCUCAGCUGUGUGUGCUGGGCACGAUGUGGAUCUUUGGCUGUUUCCAGUUUGACGAGGGCACAUCAGCCAUGACUUACCUGUUCACUCUCCUCAACAGCCUGCAGGGCGUUCUGCUCUUCAUCAUGCACUGUUUGCUCUCCAAACAGGUGAGGGAAGAGUAUGGCAGCUUCCUUUCAAGUUUCUGUGCACCUCAGAAGAAAAAGUACUCCGAGUUCACGUCUUCCCAGGCAAGCAAGGCACAGACCUCCAAGAGCACCCAGAACACAGGAGAGUCUCAUAUCUGAGGAGAGAAAGAGUGGCCUGGGAAGCAUCAUCAGACUCUGACUCAUUUCCUGACAAUAAGCCAUCUCCUGAAAGAUUUGUGGUGGACUGCUGCCUGCUUUUUCUUUCUUUCUUUUUUUUUUUUUUUUUUUUUUUUUUUUUUUAGCUUGUACACCUGUUUGGUUCAAGGAAAUAUAUUGUAUAUAGUAUUAUUCUUUACCAUGAGUUGGUCUUUAUAUUUCAAGCUACAGAAAUGUUAAUAAUAAUAUUCUACAAGUGAAAGCAUCCAUUUCAAAAUACUUUGUAAAAUUCCAGACUCCAAAAUACUGUAUAUUUUGGAAAGAAAAUGAUAUCUACACCAGUCAGUAUUUUUCAAAAAACACAGAUCAUUCUAUCCGAAAGUGCAUAAGCUUCUGUUUAAGUAUACAUUUUAAGGCAAUGAAAUAGAAAGUAUUCUGUGCUUUACUUUCAUGAUAGCCAUCUUGUUGUAUAUUAUGCUGAGUAUACUCCUCAAAGAAAAAAAAUAGUAAAUAUCUUCUGUUCAUUUUGAUGCGUGCAAUAAAAAAAAAUCUUGGUUUGAUCAUCUAACUGGGCUUAUUAAAUCACCCAGGUAGCUAGGACAAUCUGAAAGAUUUUCUGCCACUUUAUUUGUAACACUUUUUUUUUUUUUUUUUUUUUUUGUAUUUACAGGAACAGGGAUGUUUAGUUGUUUGUUUUUGUUGUUUUUCUCUGCUGUACCUAGAAAUGUUAUAUAAAUAUUACCAACAAAUAAGGACAUUUUUAGACAAAGAUGGAUUUGAAAUGUAUAUUUUUUUUGUAUAUUUCUGUACAAAUCUGUAUAAAGUUGAGCAAGUUACAGUCUUGCUGCUCCAGGAAGAGGCAAAUUAAUGUUACAUGAAUGAGAGCUAAAUGCAUGAGUAGACAUAGAGUUUAUUAUUUGUUAGGUUCAGGUAAUCAUUGUCUCAAAACUUGAAUGUUCAAAAAUGUCUACUGCUAUUAUUGUCUGCUAGAAUAUUGUAUGGACAGAACAAGUCAUGAAAUCAACUCUUCUUUUUAUAUUGUUUGCUCAAAUUUAA